CGGCAUCAUGCCACAAGGCUUAAAGUGAUAGGGCGAUGUCGGAUCUCAACCGCCGUCGCUGGCCGAUAGCAGAGGAGAACAACUACUUAAACUUGGCACCAUCCCGUAUUCCAUCAGUAGCUCAACAACCAACCCCCGACUAUAGUACAACAUUUUCUUCUCAUCGAUCGAAUAUCCAUCAUGUCCGCAGAAUUUGCCCAGCUUCUCCAGACCAAACUAGACGCGGCCACAGCUCGAUAUGCUGAACGCAACCCUCGCUCCAAGGCAUUUCAUGACGAAGCUGUCAAGUCAAUGCCCGGUGGAAACACAAGAACCGUCCUGCAUGUUGGGCCGUUCCCCGUGGCUAUGAAAUCCGGAAAGGGAUUCCAAAUCACAUCAGAGGAUGGUCACACAUACACAGAUUUGACGGCAGAGUUCACCGCUGCCCUCUAUGGCCACUCUAACCCAGUCAUUCUCUCAGCCAUCGGCGAUGUGCUCCAGAAUACUGGCAUGAACAUUGGCGCAACAACAUCUCAGGAGCAAGUCUUUGCCCGGGAGUUGUGCCGACGUUUCCACAUUGAGCACGUUCGGUUCACCAACUCUGGAACUGAGGCCAACCUGCACGCCUUGGCGGCCGCGCGGGCGUUCACGAAGAAGAGAAAGGUCGUUGCGUUUGGCGGAGGCUACCAUGGCGGCGUUCUUGGCUUCGCAGGGGACAAGCCCGGUGCGAAUAACGUCGACCAUGAGGACUGGAUCGUGGCAAAGUACAAUGACCUGGAGAGCGCUCGCAGUGCCAUUUCAACCGAUGGCGUGGCUGCCGUCAUCCUCGAAGGCAUGCAGGGGUCCGGCGGUGCUAUUCCAGGAAAGCCAGAGUUUCUAAAAGGAAUCCAGGAGGCUGCUGCACAGGCUGGUGUUUUGGUGAUCCUCGACGAAGUCAUGACCUCGAGAUUCACGGCCGGAGGAUUGGCCGAACUGCAAGGACUGAGACCGGAUCUCAAGACCUUUGGCAAGUAUCUCGGUGGCGGUCUAGCGUUCGGUGCAUUCGGCGGCAGGGCAGACGUCAUGGCAGCAUUUGAUCCUCGACUUCCUGGAGCCCUUUCUCAUUCGGGCACCUUCAACAACAACACACUGGUGACCCACGCAGGAUACGCAGGCCUAACCAAGGUUUACACGCCCGAGGUGGCCAGCCAAUUCACCAAACGAGGAGACGAGCUUAGGGAGAGACUCAACGAGGUCACCAAGGGCACCAGGGUUUGCUUCACAGGCAUGGGGACCAUUCUGGGAGUCCACUUUCCAGAGGAUGGCACUCGAGAUUUUGAGCGUGGUGGUGUUGUGAAGGAGAAUCAGGGGCUAAGGACCCUUUUCUGGUUUGAUAUGCUGGAAGAGGGCUUUUGGGUUGUCCAGCGAGGCUUCAUCGCCCUGGUCUUGGAGACUCCAGAGUCUGAGUUGGAGAGAUUUGUCCGUUGCGUGGAAGCAUUUGUUUCCAAACAUGCAGGUCUUGUCAGGUUGUAGCUGGUAGGGAAUUAGAUGCCGCAUUGGUAUUUAGUAGGUGCAAUCUCGGUGAGAGUUUGUUCUAUCAAGUCGGAGGUCGGAAGUAAUCCAAAAGUUCCAGCGUGAGGAUGAGAAUUAUUUUAUAAAAUUGCCCCAACAAUCAUAAUGAGCGUAACUUGUAAC